AUGAAUUUGGGCAUUCGAGAAAGUCGACAUGAUGGUUUAUUAGGACGUCAACCAAUCACAAAUGAAGAGCAACAUGAACUUGAAUUUUGGCAACAUCGAGCUAUUAUUUAUCGAAUGGCAUUAAUACUAGCCGACAUUGUUGAAAGUACUUGGACGGAUAUUAUGGAUUUAUACACCCCAGAUGAUGUUAAUGCUACUGAAUUCAAUGAUUAUUUAGUUCAAACCUAUGUAGAUAUUAGUUUAUAUGGGAUUACUAUAUGGAAUGUGCAUGAUGCAAUAAUUAAUGAUUUACCAAGAACAAACAAUCAUGUUGAGGGGUACAAUAGUCGUUUGGAAAGUAACUUUCCAAAACACCCACAUAUUUAUCAUUUUAUUGAAUUGUUACGUGAUGAACAUUUAUAUCAACAUCAUAGAGCUGAAGAAUCAGAUAUGCAAAUAAGGAAACGAAAAAAAUUAUACAAUAAUAUUGAUAGUAAGUUAAAAGAAUUACAUGAAGAACACAAAAAAGGAACAAAUGCUGAACCGGCUAUUAAAUGUGGUAGAGCUUUUUAA